GUUGGAUAUUCUCAGCCAUGCGCUCCGAAUAUUCUUUCUUUUCCAUUAUAUUUUCCCCCUUCUCCCUCUUCCGAUACCUUCUCCCACUCCUACCCUGACCCACCAUCGUUUCUCUCAUUUACCCGCACUUUCUUUCUCAUUUUCUUACCAACCAAUUACGUGCUUAAGAUUGAAAAAUAAGAGUUUUUGCCAUGAAAUUUGGAAAGAGCCUCAGUAACCAGAUCGAGGAGACGUUGCCUGAAUGGCGGGACAAGUUCCUUUCUUAUAAGGGGCUUAAGAAGAAAUUGAAGCUUAUUGAGCCUAAGUCUGGUGAGAGACCGAAUAAACGGCUUAGGCUGGAUGAAAAUUCUGGCAACGUUGUCGAUGCCGGAGAUAAGGUCGCUGUCGGCGACGGUAUGUCGAGGGAGGAGACCGAUUUUAUUAAGCUUUUGGAAGAUGAGCUCGAGAAAUUCAACAUGUUUUUUGUUGAGAAAGAGGAAGAAUAUAUUAUCAGAUUGAAGGAAUUACAAGAUAGUGUGGCCAAGGCAAAGGAUUCUAAUGAAGAAAUGAUAAAGAUUAGAAAGGAGAUAGUGGACUUCCAUGGCGAGAUGGUUUUGUUAGAGAAUUACAGCGCCCUUAACUACACAGGAUUGGUGAAAAUACUGAAGAAAUAUGACAAAAGAACUGGUGCUUUGAUCCGCUUGCCUUUCAUUCAAAGGGUCUUGCGACAGCCCUUCUACUCUACAGACUUGCUUUACAAGCUGGUCAAGGAGUGUGAGGCGAUGCUGGACCAUCUCUUCCCAAAGAAUGAAAAACUAGCUUCAUCUGAAGCAAGGAAUGGGGAUGAUGGUGGCGAUGGUGAGGAUGAGGCGUGCAAUUCUUCAACAUCGACUACCUCUAAGACUAAGAGUGAAGAUCAGCUCAGAAUGCCCAAAGCACUAUCGGAGAUCGAGUUCAUGGAGAGCCUAUAUAUGAAAAGCACUAUAUCAGCAUUGCGGGUAUUGAAGGAAAUUCGGAGUGGAAGCUCAACUGUUAGCGCAUUUUCAUUGCCUCCACUGCAAAUAAAAGGAUUAGAUGGGACAUGGAAAAAGAUCCCUGUUCUUGAACAAGCAGCCAAAUAGUUGAAUUUUGGUAAAUAGGGGAAUUGAACUAGACUGCCCCUUCUAGUUUUAAUCAUCUUUUUCUUUUUAUACCUUUAAUUUUACAUUUCAUGCUUUUAUAAUUCAAGUCCUAGAUACUAACGCAUGUAAAUCAUCAUAUUAUAUGUAUUGAAGCUACGGCAAUUGGUAUAAUCUCAUAAACUUUUGUUUCACGUGUUA